AUGUUUAAUGUUGUGAAAAGUACUACAAGUUGGCUGGAGUUGUUUUCAGCGAGGAAGACUUUAAAGAAUUAUGACGAGAAGCGUCAAGCAGUUCCGCUUUCUCGGUCCGAGAAGUGCAUUGUUGGAACUGGAUUGGAACGCCAAGUGGCCCUCGAUUCUGGGGCCACCGCUAUAGCCGAACAUGAGGGGCGGCGACUCUCGACGGUGGUGGCCAAGUUCAAUGUUGUGAGAAUAGAUAGAAACAAUGGUUGUCACGCCAGUGGCAAGCCGGUCGGUUGA